AUUAUACUCCUAUUUCUACUCUCUGCUCUCUCUCUCUCUCUGUCUGUUUCUCUCUCAUCAACCGCCUCAAUUCCCCCCAUUCUCCCUGUCGCUCUCUCUCUCUACAAUCCGAAUGCGGAACCCGUAUCGCAGCUCUUAGCCUCUCUGUACAGUGUCUCCGAUUCCGAUGCUCUGAUAACUUUGUUCGCCGGAGAGACUCUCGCGAACCCAUUUUCUCGCGUGGUUGGUUGCGUUUGCGAGUUUUCUCUAGGGUUUUUGGUUCGGUACGAUUGCGAUUCUGAUCGCUCUCCUCACGACGAAGAAGAAGACGAUUACGACGUGGUUGGUGGUGCCCGCUAGGGUUUUGUAGCGUCAAUGGCUCCGACGCGUAAACGUGGAGCGAAAGGACCGAAGGGGAAGAGUGAGUUGCGUCUCGGUGAUCUGGUUCUCGCCAAGGUCAAGGGCUUCCCUGCAUGGCCUGCUAAGAUUAGCAGGCCGGAAGAUUGGAAGCGAGCUCCUGACCCCAAGAAGUAUUUUGUUCAAUUCUUUGGAACAGCAGAAAUAGCUUUUGUUGCCCCUGUGGAUAUUCAGGCAUUUACUAGUGAGGCGAAAAAUAAAUUGUCAGCUCGAUGCCAAGGUAAAACAGUUAAACACUUCGCUCAAGCUGUGAAGGAAAUCUGUGAAGCAUUUGAAGACUUGCAACAAAAAAAUUCUAGUGGUUUAAGAGAUGAUACUGAUAGAUCAGCUCUUGGUGAUGAGGCUCUAUCUGUUGAUGGGGUGGAAGAUGAUGCAGUAGAGGUUGACUUACAAGAUGGAAAUGGUAGAGAUGGAGCAAAUGGAGAAACGGAGAUUAGGGGUCUGGGUGAUCACAGUAGUGGGUUGGAGCGUUGCUCACAGAGAUACAGUGUGAUGGAUUGCCAAGAUACAAAACCUAGUGUGCCAGGCAAAGCUAAUGAUAGAUUUUCUCCUGUUAAAGCUUCUAAGAAGAAGAACAGACUGUUGAAUGAUGGUGCUCACGCAUCUACAGAGGCAGUGUUAGCGUCCAGUCCAUAUAAUUCAUCUUAUCGUAAGGAAGAAAUCUGCGAUCAUAACCAAGAAGAUAAUAUUAUUUGCCCAGAAGACUCAAUGGUAAUGACACCUGCUGAAGGCUUGAACGCUAGUCAGAAUGACCGUGAGUGUGAUGCAGAAGGAGAUGGUCAAAAAGAUAGGUCAGUUCGUGCCAAGCACUCUGAUGGUGGCAAGAAGGCGCUAACAAAUGGUCACAAGUCAGGGAAAAUGGCUACUGGGUCAAAGAGAAAACCUGUGGGUUCUCAUGAAGUUCACAAAAGUAGUAGUUCAGCUGCUUUGUCGAGGUUGAAAUACAAUACCGGCAGUUGUCAUGUUGACCCCCUUGAAUCUGAUGAGCAUGCCAAGGAUGGAAUGCAAAGAAAGGAAGCUACAGGUAGCAGUAUGAAGGAAUCAUCCCCAGAUCUUAAAUCAGAUUUACAUGCUGUUACUGAAAAUAAAGCAAAAAAACUGGGAAAAGAUGGGAAAUAUUUUGGGGUAGCGGAUGACGGGCAAAAGGAUGCUGAAGGUAGUCCUGAGGAGCGGGCCAAGGGCAAACUUUCUGGGUGGAAAAAAGGGGGUCAACUUGGUCCUGCAAAGCAUGAUUCAAUAAUUAAUGAAGUUUCAAAUCCUGCCAAAAGGUCUAAACGUGCAGAUUUGGCGAAUGAUGCCCCCAAGGGAUCGCUUCAAACAGACAAAAAAAAUGAUUCUCGAAGUUCUAAGGUUCUUGAAAAAAAAACAGAUAAUCCAGAGCUUAAACGGUCUCUGUCUCGUUUGAAAACUGAAAAUCGUUCAGCAUCAAGAGUGCUGACAGGUAGCUUGUCUUCCAACAUUCCUUCUGAUGAAGAUGCUCUACCGCCAACAAAGCGUCGGCGUUGGGCAUUUGAGGCUAUAUCCGAUUCUGCUAUUGUAACUUCGGACAGUAAAACAGGAAAAAUUUCUGUUGCUAUAAAAAAUGAUGUGUCUUGUUCUGAUAAAGUUAAAUCUCCAGUUACUCAAUCGCACACAAAACGGAGAGCUGUUCGCCUAUUUGAUGAAGAUGAUGAUGAGGAGCCUAAAACUCCCAUACAUGCGGGAUCUGCCAGCAAGAUUCAUGCUCCUUCAGGUGUUACUGAUUGCAUGAAGAACACUGAUGUACAAAAUGAAGGUUCUGUUCACGAUCAACCUAGUGUAAGAGAUCCUGGUGAAGUUGAAGCUGAAGUUGGCCCUUCGAAGGACUGCAUAACUUCUGCCAAGGUACCCAAUGAAUCUUCCUCACCUAACCCUGAGCAACCUGUAGAGAAGAUGCCUAAAAAGGCAAUUGCUGCUCAUGUUUCCCAUAGUCCAGUGAAACUGGAAUUGGAAAGAGAAUCUUUGGCAGAGGCUAAACAAAUUUUGGGUUCCCCUAGAAAGUCUCCAUGGUUAGGUGCUACUAACAAGCCAGUGUCAGAACCAUUAAAAGGCAAUAGACCAUCAAUAAAAGUAGCUGGUGCUGGUAAUCCGAAGAAAACUCAAACAGGAUCUGGUAAGGCCUUGGGUAUGGUUUCUGAUGGAUCAAAUUAUUCUCAGAAUCAAGUGAAAACUCAAAGAACUAAGCCAAUUUCUUUGGGAGAAAGAUCAAAAAGUACUCCAAAAUCAAAUGUACAAGCGGAUGAUUCUGCUCCUGUAACAGGAAAUACAAGGGAGAAUAAUUCCUUUACUGCAGAAAGACUGGAAGCUGAUAGAGAUGAUAAAACCAGUUUGUUGUUGGAGGCUAAGAUGUCAGAUUCUGCUAUGUCUAUGAAGAAUCUUAUUGCUGCUGCUCAGGCCAAAAGGAGACAAGCUCACUCACAAAAUAUUUUUCAUGGCAAUGCUAAUUCUCUUUUGGCACAGUCUACUGAUGUGCCCGGGAGGAGCCCCAGUCCUGCAUCUACUGCUCAGGCCUUCCUAUCAGGCUCCAGUAACAUUUUGCAGCCAGAUGUACAGGGAUAUUAUGCUCGCACAUCUGUGGAUUCUCCAUCUCAUGGUCGCCAGUUUUCAUCAAAUAAUCACCCUGAUGCUGAAGAAUUUGAGGACAGAAGAGUUAGUUCAGGGCACCAGCCUGCCGGGGGUUCACUUAGUGGUGGUACCGAGGCAGCUGUUGCUCGUGAUGCUUUUGAAGGAAUGAUAGAGACACUAUCAAGGACUAAAGAAAGCAUUGGACGUGCAACCCGUCUUGCAAUUGAUUGUGCAAAGUAUGGCAUUGCCAACGAGGUUGUGGAACUUCUCAUCCGGAAGCUGGAAAGUGAGCCUAGCUUUCAUCGCAAAGUGGACCUGUUUUUUCUAGUGGACUCUAUUACACAGUGCUCACACAAUCAUAAAGGCAUUGCCGGAGCAUCAUACAUUCCUACAGUUCAAGCAGCACUGCCUCGCCUUUUAGGAGCUGCUGCUCCUCCUGGAGUUGCUGCUCGUGAAAAUCGCCGUCAGUGUCUCAAGGUUUUGCGAUUAUGGCUUGAGAGGAAAAUCUUACCUGAGUCUCUUCUUCGCCAAUAUAUGGAUGACAUUGGAGUUUCAAAUGACGAUGCAUCUGCUGGAUUUUUCCUUCGACGUCCGUCUCGAGCUGAGCGUGCUGUAGAUGAUCCAAUUAGAGAUAUGGAAGGCAUGCUUGUUGAUGAAUAUGGGAGCAAUGCUACAUUUCAGUUGCCUGGCUUCUUACCUUCUCAUGUAUUUGAAGAAGAUGAAGAAGAGGAUCUUCCAAGUAGUUCAUAUAAGGAAGCUGGUGGUGGAUCACCACUAGAACAAGUGGCUGCUGCAGGAGACAUUGAAACAUGUAUAGUCACUCCAAAUGACAGACGCCACUGUAUCUUAGAGGAUGUGGAUGGUGAACUAGAAAUGGAAGAUGUAUCAGGACACCCAAAGGAUGAAAGAUCUUUGUUUGCAAAUGGUUCAAUUGAAUUUGCCUCGCAACAGCAAGGUUCAGAUGGGAUCUUGGAGGCUGCUCUGAACAUUUCUAACGAGUUGGCUCCUCUACCUCCGGGUUCUCCACCAUUACCUUUUAAUUCUCCUCCUCCAACCCCACCUUUGCCUCCUUCGCCACCACCACCACCAUCGCCACCAUCACCACCUCCUCCUCCUUCGUCUUCUUCAACUGGGCCACCUUCACUCCCCUCUGCAGCCGCUCUCUCUUUUUUUUUUUUUUCCUUCUUCUUCUUCUUAAUGCCACAUGCACUUUCUCUACCUCCUUCAGGUUCUCAGUCAUCAUUGCGGUCUCAACCACCAUUACCACCCCAACCUACAAUGGUGUCACAACAGUUUCAUCCGCCUCAGUCAUCAAUACCAUCUUCACCAAAAUUGACCUAUCAACCAGCUGGACCGUAUGAAUAUUGCAGCACUGCAAGCGGAAACCAGCUUGUCCAAAUGGCUGCAAAUGCAAAUCAUGGGGUUCAUAUUGAUGGCACUGUUAGAAGUGAAAUGUAUCCGCAGCAAUCAACUUGCUUUGCACCGGCAGGAGUUCGCAAUCCACAUGAAUGUUCUGGUUUUAAUUCCUCAAGGUCAUUAGAUUAUGGACAUCACGACUUGUAUGUCAACUCCCAAGCUUCUCAACCAAAUCAGCAAUUUCAACCUGGCAAUGCUCCUUUCGCACAAAGACCUUUCCGUCCUGCCCCGCCUCCGCCAACCUUGUCCAGUCAUUACUCGUAUCCGAAUUCAACAGUUCAGCAACACCCACAACAUCCUUAUCCUCGCCCGAACUCAUUGCCAAAACUUCCUGAUGGUCCACGGCGGUACAUUGCUGAUGAACAGUGGAAGUUGCCCACUGGUGAGUUAAGCACAGAUAAUCCGCGAGGUGUGUGGAUGAGUGGUGGGAGAGCUCCAUCGUGUUCGGGGCCACCCUUUGCCCAAGAAGGUUAUUUUCGGCCUCCUCUUGAAAGGCCACCUGCAAAUAAUGUUGGUUUUCAACCCUCUGCCCCAAGCACACUGCCAGCUGGAGCUCCAGUUCCAGGUCACAGUGUUUCUCAAAUAAUGCCUGGUAGACCAGAUAUGUCAGCCCUUAAUUGUUGGAGGCAUUCUUAAGACCGCCUGCAGCUCCAUUAUAGAUCUUUGUGGGCUGUGGCGUGAGUAGGAAAUUUGAAUUCAUAAUGCUCCAGAAGAAGAUUCUGCUUUUGUGCAAAAAAAUUGACUACCACUAAGGUGGUGUUGAGAACUUGUGGAGGCUCUUGGCAGGAUUGUAUAUUGUAAUUUUCCCUGACAAAUGCAUCCCAAAAGCAUUCGCUUCCGUAGUGUAAGCCCAUUACUCAUUUAGUUUAUAUUUUGUUGUUAAAACUUGUAAUUAUACCUGACAUACUACAUAAUAGAUUUUUUUUUUUCUUCUUUUCAAGCACCAAAUAUUAGUUUAA